AUGCUCAAACACAACAAAAUGAAUCGAUACAUCACUCAAUGCUUACUCAGUGUCCCAAAGGAAACAACGCAAAAUCGUUUGAAAUGCGUACGGCUGUUACAAUUUUACAAAAAAACGAAGGAGAGAAAUGCAAACAAGAAAUAUACAAUCGUGUCAAUAAUUACCAAAUAUCUCCUUCAAUCCGCGAACUCCAAAAACUUGAAUAUGAGAAAAAUAAAUCCAGAAAUCAAAAGAAAGCUACACCAGAAACAAGAAAAGAGAUCAACAAGGCAAGAAAUGCAAAAAGAUUUCCUAAGGAUAACCCUACAGGUGAUUACAGAGGAGGAAAGUGGACCCCACAAGAUAUCUAA